UUGGAUCUUUAAAACCCCAUUUUACAGAGGUUGAUUUUGCAGCAACACUUAUUCGUUUUAGUUUUGUGCGCUUUGCUGUCUGUUUAUCCUGACGCAUCAAUUCAGUGCAUUUUCCAGCAGAGAUCGCAGGCUGGGACGAUGACGGCUCGAGUGUGUUUCUCGUUGACUGCUGUUUUUUUGUGUCUGUUCGGAUACUUGAGCAUAACUCAUGCUAUUCAAAGACGAACCACAGUGGACGGUUUCUGUCCGGCGAGGCUGACGGUCGUGCCGUCCCAUCGAGGGUGUUCCUCUGAUGAAGACUGCCCUGGAGGGCACAAAUGCUGUCGAUUUGACUGUGGGCCUGUUUGCGUGCUGCCCGUUUUCAUGAAGCCGGGUCAGUGUCCCAUACCGGAAAUGAUUCCACUGUGUGCUAAAAGCUGUUUCCAUGAUGGCCAGUGUCCUGACACACAGAAAUGUUGCCCAACCACCGGUGGCUUUGCAUGCAGUGAACCACGUGGUCAGGAAAGAGGUCAGGCAAGUUGUCAAGGAAGCGGCUCUGGUCAGGGCGCCGGACAGGGAAGCGGUUAUGGCCAGGGCGCCGGAGCGGGACAGGGAAGCGGUUAUGGCGGCGCCGGAGCGGGACAGGGUAGCGGCAUUGGUUUGGGACAGGGAAGCGGUGGCCAGGGCGCUGGAGCUGGUCAGGGAAGCGGGGCUGGUCAGGGCGCUGGAGCUGGUCAGGGAAGCGGGGCUGGUCAGGGCGCUGGAGCUGGUCAGGGAAGCGGGGCUGGACAGGGAAGCAGUCAGGGCGCUGGAGCUGGCCAGGGAAACGGAGCUGGUCAGGGCGCUGGAGCUGGUCAGGGAAGUGGACAGGGAAGCGGAGCUGGACAGGGAAGUGGCCAGGGCGCUGGAGCUGGUCAGGGAAGCGGGGCUGGUCAGGGCGCUGGAGCUGGUCAGGGCGCUGGGGCUGGUCAGGGAAGCGGAGCUGGUCAUGGAGCUGGACAGGGCGCUGGAGCUGGUCAUGGAGCUGGACAGGGCGCUGGAGCUGGUCAUGGAGCUGGACAGGGCGCUGGAGCUGGACAGGGAAGCGGUCAGGGCGCUGGAGCUGGACAGGGAAGCGGUCAGGGCGCUGGAGCUGGACAGGGAAGCGGUCAGGGCGCUGGAGCUGGACAGGGAAGCGGAGCUGGACAGGGAAGUGGUCAGGGCGCUGGAGCUGGACAGGGAAGCGGAGCUGGACAGGGAAGUGGUCAGGGUACUGGAGCUGGACAGGGAAGUGGUCAGGGUACUGGAGCUGGUCAGGGAAGCGGAGCUGGACAGGGAAGUGGCCAGGCAAGCGGAGCUGGACAGGGAAGUGGCCACGGCGCUGGAGCUGGUCAGGGAAGCGGGGCUGGUCAGGGCGCUGGAGCUGGUCAGGGAAGCGGGGCUGGUCAGGGCGCUGGAGCUGGUCAGGGAAGCGGGGCUGGACAGGGAAGCGGUCAGGGCGCUGGAGCUGGACAGGGAAGCGGGGCUGGACAGGGAAGCGGUCAGGGCGCUGGAGCUGGACAGGGAAGCGGAGCUGGACAGGGAAGCGGUCAGGGCCUGGACAGGGAAGCGGCCAUGGAAGAGGAGCUGGUCAAGGCGCAGGAGCUGGUGAGGGCGCUGCUCAGGGAAGCGGCCAGGGCGCAGGACAUGGCAGCGGUGCUGGACAGGGAUGCGGCCGAGGGAAUUGUCAUGGAUGUGGCCAAGGUCAAUGUUGUGGUCAGGGACAUGUUAAUGAAACGUGUGGACGGGGCCUAA